AUGAAACUUUGUACUAUCACGACUGCACUUGGGGCCUUGCUCCUUACCACCUCCGUUGCGGCAAAUGCUGGAGUAGCUGGAAGCGACCUGAACCCCAACCAAGCCGCCUCAGUACCCGAAGCAUCUGCCUCUAAUAUGCGUGGAAUUGGAGGCAGCGGAAAGAAUGCUGGCUCUAUCCUUGAUCGACGGCAGGAGGACGACGGCGUCGCAGAUCCUGAUGAACGAUCAUUCAGCGGACAGAACGCUGGCUCUAUCCUUGAUCGACGGCAGGAGGACGACGGCGUCGCAGAUCCUGAUGAACGAUCAUUCAGCGGACAGAACGCUGGCUCUAUCCUUGAUCGACGGCAGGAGGACGACGGCGUCGCAGAUCCUGAUGAACGAUCAUUCAGCGGACAGAGCGCUGGCUCGAUCCUUGAUCGACGGCAGCAGGAGGACGGUAUCGCAGGUGGUCCUGGUGAUGAUGUUAAUGCUGCUGAUGGAGAUGCUGGUUUUGUUAAGCGAUUAUUCAGCGGAAAGAACGCUGGCUCGAUCCUUGAACGACAGUACGAGACCGACGACGUCGCAGAUGGUCCUAUUGAUGAGGAAUAA